UGUCUAACGUAAAUCGCGCAUAGACGGCACUGGAACGCAGGUGCAUCCCCGUUGUAUCUGUACAGGUGUGUUAGUAACGAGCGAAGGAAAUGACUUUUCUUUUCAUCGACACAAAAUGCAUUGAUGGAAAUUACGUGUAUCGUGUUUCUACUUGCAUGCUAAUGUUCUCUCAUUCGUUGAGAGAUCAGUGUUUUCCGCUGAAAAGUCUCUCAGACGACCGGAAAGUCCCAUGGGAAACUACGAUUAAUUACUGCGAACUAGUUGUAAAGACCGAGGUCGCAUGUUAAACACGUACUGGCGAAAAAAGAAUUAGAAAAUCCAUCAUCAGAUAAUAUAAGAAUGGAUACUCGAAAGUUAUACAAUCAUAAUCAAAAGGAUUAAGAGUGAAGAAAGAAAAAUAUCUAUUAUCUGACAUUUGCGAUAAACAUUAAGAGUGAAAAAAUGAAGAGAGAAAAAGAAAUUUAAAAAUUUAAUUUAAAUUUUAGACAUAACAAGAAGAGACAUUGUAUGCAUUCGCAAGUUGCAUACAUCUACGAGUUUCACGUUGGUCCAGUCGAAUGAGUACGGCACUGGGCAUCCCGUGAAAUGCGGCCCAGCGGCGAGAAAAACGGGGAUCCGGCCCGUGUUGGCCGUCGAGCGAGCGAAAGCAUCACUGGGCAUUACCAGUCCGGUGUUCGGAGUACAGUGACGGCAGUCGUCUCGUGGCGAUCGGUAAGACUCUUUUGGAGAACGUAAAACAUCACGACGAUUGGACUUGAGGCCCCAGACACACCUAAAACUUAAACUCGGGCGGUGCAUAGUUGACAGUGCGAACGACUGACAAUGCGGAAUGCGCAUUUUCUGAGAGAUUACGAAUCUGGAAGUGUAGGGGAGCACAGGCGGGAAGCCAGGUGAAAUGACGACGACUACAAGUCGAGGACACGUCGUGAGUUAGCGGGCUUCCCGCCAUCUACUCUCGGCGCCGCCAGAAUGACAGCUACGUGGGUUUGAACUCAACAAUUAGCGUCUGUCGAAGUUAGAGUGGCACAUUUGAAUCGAUUGACAAGAUAAGGCGUGUUUGUUCUUUUCGCGAGCCAAGGCGAAAUAUUUGUGACAUGUGAUCAUGCUGAUAAAAAAAAAUUAAUAUAAUCUUAUAUUUCUUUGCGAUGUUAUAUAUCAAAGCAGAGAUAAAGAAAAAUGUUAUGCUAAUAGACGAAAAUUAAUUUAAUUCCUUGCCUUUUCUUUUAGUAUACACUGAGAAAUAUAUUUCUUUUGACGGAAAACACGUGAAUUGGUUUAAUUCGUGCUUUAUGGAAAUUUAUAAAUUCAAGAAAAGAAAAUAGAGGAGAGACAUGUGAAUAUUACAAGAAGAGAGAAUUGAUAUAAAAUCUGUGUCUCGCGCCUGAGAUCUACUAAAGCGAAGGGCAUCGAAGUCGGAGAGAGACGUGAAGGGGACAUGUAAUAGAGGAGAAUCGGUGUUACUCGUGGCAUUGCGCUGGGGAUUAGUGUACGAGAGACUGGUAUGUCGAUUGUAAGCAGCAUAAGCUUAAGUUGAACGUGAAGGCCGUGAUUGUGACGAGAGUGACGCUGACGCAUGGAUUGUAUAUCGUAAGACGAGAGUAGAUUCAAAAGUGAAUAGUUUUCAAAAUAAAUAGGGUAAAUGUAUUCACAUCAAAUAUAUCGUUCGAUCUUUUAAAUCGUUUCACUUUAAAAUAUCUAAGACAGAUGAUAAUUUCGUUUGAUUUGUGCGAUAAAUAAUUCUGAGAUAAUGUGAUUUUAUAUAAUUUUUCCUAAUAACAUUUUUCUAAAAUGAAUGGUGAAAAACUCAUAAUUAGUUAAUUUUUUGUAAAAUAUGGAUGAGUGAUGGCGUAAUCCCGUAAAUUCGCAAAAGCGAAUAGUGUCAAUUUUUUUCAUCUCCAGUUAAUUGUCGGAUAAAGUUAUUUGGGAAAUAAUUGCUUCUCUGCCUUUUCUUGGAUUACGAGACUGUCUCUAUUGCGGAUAGAAAGCUAAUGUUUGCUAACUGACGCCAAGAGAAAUUGGAUAUAACUGAUUGUAAGUCAUAACGGAUCUCGCUAGACUAGAAUUACGGAAGAUGAAAGAAUCCUUCGUGAGAGAAUUCUCUGUUGCGUCGCAAGCACGCAACAGUUAGGCGCUAUUGGCAGGUGCACUUGGAACAAGAAGCGCGGGAAAGAAGACGAGAAGAAGGCAAAGAGAAGGCCAAAGAAACGAAGAAGAAGAACCCAGAAAAUCGGCCGUUGAGAGAAUAGCGCGCGUAGGGCCACCUACGGCGAUAAAGCGAGGCCCGGAAGACGUGGAGGGAACAACGUAUGUAUCGCGCGGGGCCGGUCGCGCAGACCGGGCCCGCCGUUGCUCGUGAGAGAUCGCGCGCUGACCCAGAUUUUGGCGGGUCGAACCGGCGCGAAGAGACUGCGACGGACUUUCUGAAAUGGGACACGGCGCAGCCUGGAGCUAAAUUAGCCGCGAUGUCCAAUAAGAGUAAGUCCCAGCCGCAGCAGCAGCAACAGCCGCAACACCAGCAGCAGCAGCAGCAUCAUCCUUCGCACGUGAUUAAGUCAGUGGACCAGUUGCCGCCGCGCUAUCAACCCCCGCCGCAACCCACCAGCGGCAUCCUGAAGAAUCAUCUUCAUUUCGCCAACGGAAUUACGUCGGCGCCAAACUCGGCCCAGGUCGGCAGCAGUCAAGGUCCGGGCGCGGCCUUGAACCAUCAACAGAGCACGCAACUACGCACGUUACCGCCACCAUCGACCUUGCAACAUCAUCCGCAACAGCAGCAGCAUCAACCACAACAACUGACGCAAUCACAACAACAAGUACAACAGCAAGCGCCGAAAGAUGCACAGAGCAAGUACUCGCCGAGGAUAGAGCAUCAUCAUCAUCAUUCGCAACCGGGUAAUGCACUAAUUGCUGCUGCAUCGGUGGCAACGUCUAAGAGCCAGCAGCAACAACAGCAGCCUCCAACUUACUUCCAACAAACUAAGCUUGGUCAAAGCUCAUACUUGCCACCUAGUAGUCAAUAUCCCGCGGUGAACAGUGGCCAGAGUGCGCCGAUUAGGCAGAGAAUCAGCGACGACGAAUUUCUGCGACUUGGCCCUGUGGAGAUGCUCAAGUUUGUACGAAAGACUGAGAGUGACAUCGCUAGGCUCGCUGCCGAGCAGAAUCGCCAGAUACAAAGCUUGUUGAACGAGCUGCGGGCGCUCAAGGAGGCCAACCAAAGACUGAACGAUGAUAAUCAGGAACUGCGCGAUCUCUGUUGCUUUUUAGACGACGAUCGACAAAAGGGUCGUAAGCUAGCGAGAGAGUGGCAGAGGUUCGGCCGAUAUACAGUAAGCGUUAUGCGACAAGAGGUCUCGGCCUAUCAGAACAAGUUGCGUCAACUGGAUAACAAACAGCAGGAGUUGAUUAAGGACAAUUUGGAACUCAAAGAGUUGUGCCUAUAUCUCGAUGAAGAACGCGGUGGAGGUCAAAGGGAUGACGGCGAUGGAUCGAGUUCGAGCACAAACGCCGAGGAGACCGCGCUGCCGAGGCCAAGGCAUACUUCCACAUUUAACGACCAAACGAUGCAAUAUGUAAGGAGUUUAGAGCAACGAGUGAAGCAGUUGGAGGAAGACAAGAGUGUUCUCCAAGCUCGUGCGCAAGGUUGGGAAAUACCACCUGGUGAAGUUUGGGACAGUUCUGCGAGCCCGAACGACAAUACUCACGGCUUAGGAAGCCGACCGGAAGCCGUAGUACGCGCUCUUCAGGUUCUUGAAGUCAGAGAACAACUGGAAAGAGAAGAAGGUCAUGAUGGAGAGAAAGCGCUAGUUAGAGAAAUGUGCAAUGUUGUAUGGCGAAAAUUGGAGGAGGGUCCGCAAGCAAGGCAUUAAUGAUCCUAUCGAUAAGACGAUUAACUGUUAACUUUCGAAUAUUACUAAUACAAAGCGAUAAGAUCUAACACGUCUGAGACGUAACAUUAGUAUUAUAGUUAGUAAAGGACAAAUAUUAUAUAACAAAUAUAAUAUUUAUGUGUAGAUUUUUGUAUGUGUGUGUACAAUCUCAGUAUGAAAAUAUGAUAGUAUCUAUUAUAUUUAUACAAACGUAGCGUGUCGUUAACUUGUCCAGAUUGACUGUUAA